AAUUUUGAAUUUUAUUUUAGUGUGGUAACAUCAAUAAGUGAGUGUUCUUUCGUCGUGUGCCGGUUUCCUCAGAUUUUCGGCUCCCAUAUUUAUCUUUACCUUGAAUUUAAGUUAGAACACUAAUACAAGAUGCAUACCGAACCAAUGUUACAACUUAUACAAAUAUUGGAAAAGACAAUAUCUCCCGAUCGAAAUGAGUUGGAAGCAGCAGAAAAAUACCUUGACCAUGCAGCGGCCACAAACUUCACAGCAUUCAUCAAGAUGCUGUCAGAUGUGCUGGCACAGGGUGGCAACAGUCAGGUGGCGCGCAUGGCGGCCGGCCUGCAGCUCAAGAACCACCUCACAUCCAAAGAUGCCUCACUCAAGCAACAGUACCAGCAGAGGUGGCUUGCUCUACCAGAUGAAACUAGGCAAUAUAUUAAGAAAAAUAUCCUGUUAGCAACUGGCACUGAAGACACCCGACCCAGUUCUGCGGCGCAGUGUCUUGCAUAUGUGGCGGUAGCUGAACUCCCGGUGGGCCAGUGGAAUGACCUUAUUCCCAACUUGGUGGAAAAUGUUGUUAAUGCUCAAUCUACUGAACUAAAGAAGGAAGCCACUCUAGAGGCCAUUGGGUACAUUUGCCAAGAUAUUGAUGCUGAAGUGCUAACAGAGCAGAGUAACCACAUCCUAACAGCCAUUAUCCAUGGCAUGCGGUCCACGGAGCCCAGCAACCAUGUGCGACUGGCGGCCACUCAGGCUCUGCUCAACUCGCUUGAGUUCACUAAGGCUAACUUUGACAAGGAAAAUGAGAGGAACUUCAUUAUGGAGGUUGUGUGUGAGGCUACACAGUCAACUGAUAUGAGAAUAAGUGUAGCAGCACUGCAGUGUUUAGUCAAAAUCCUAUCAUUAUACUACCAAUACAUGGAGCCAUACAUGGGCCAAGCACUGUUCCCCAUCACCCUGGAGGCGAUGAAGUCAGAUGUUGACGACAUAUCACUGCAGGGCAUUGAGUUCUGGUCCAACGUCAGUGACGAGGAAAUCGACCUCGCCAUUGAGGAGGCUGAGGCUGCGGAUGCGGGUCGUCCUCCAGUACGAACCUCGAGGUUUUACGCAAGAGGUGCUCUACAAUACUUAGCACCGGUGCUAAUGCAAAAGCUCACUAAACAAGAUGACACCGAUGAUGAAUUGGAUUGGAACCCCUCAAAGGCUGCCUCAGUCUGUCUAAUGCUCCUAUCCAACUGCUGCGAAGACGAAAUUGUUCCACACGUCCUGCCUUUCAUAAAUCUAAAUAUCAAACAUGAAAAUUGGCGGUUCAGAGAAGCCGCCCUAAUGGCCUUCGGUUCAAUAUUAGGCGGCCUUGAAUCUAAUACUCUCAAACCCCUGGUCGAGAAGGCCAUGCCGACCCUCAUCGAGGCCAUGUACGACUCCAGCGUCGCCGUGCGGGAUACGGCAGCGUGGACCUUCGGAAGGAUUUGCGAAAUCGUCCCAGAGGCAGCUAUCAAUGAAACUUAUCUCAAACCCCUACUAGAGAGUCUCGUCAACGGACUAAAGGCUGAACCUCGUGUCGCGGCAAACGUUUGCUGGGCAUUCACCGGAUUAGCAGAGGCCGCGUACGAAGCCGCGGAUUGUGGCGACUCCAACCAGCCUAAAACUUACUGUAUGUCAAAAUACUUUGACUUUAUCAUUGAACGUCUCUUGGAGACCACUGACCGCCAGGAUGCCGCCCAACACAACUUGAGAUCGGCCGCCUACGAGGCGCUCAUGGAGAUGGUCAAGAACUCGCCCUCGGAUUGCUAUAUCACCGUACAAAAGACGACGAUGGUUAUUUUGGAGCGACUGCAACAAGUCUUACAGAUGGAGAAUCAUAUUUCUAGCCAAGCGGAUCGCUCGCAGUUCAACGACUUGCAGAGCCUUCUGUGCGCGACUCUUCAAUCUGUUUUACGUAAAGUGACCCCUGAAGAUGCGCCGCAAAUAUCUGACGCCAUCAUGACGGCGCUUCUCACUAUGUUCGCGAGCAACGCCGGCAAGGCUGGAGGCGUUCAAGAGGAUGCUCUUAUGGCUGUCUCUACCCUAGUCGAGGUGCUAGGAGAAGGUUUCCUAAAAUACAUGGACGCCUUCAAAAGAUAUCUUUAUGUAGGACUUAAGAAUCACCAGGAAUAUCAAGUAUGCAUAGCGGCUGUUGGAUUAACUGGAGAUAUCUGCAGAGUACUGAAAAGUAAGGCACUCCCCUACUGUGACGAGAUUAUCUUGCUGUUGCUGGAGAACCUCGGCGACCCGACCAUCCACCGCUCGGUGAAGCCGCAAAUCCUGUCCGUGUUUGGAGACAUUGCUCUGAGCAUUGGACCUGAUUUCGCAAAAUACUUCGAUGUCGUGAUGCAAAUGUUGCUGCAGGCGAGCAACGCCCAAGUGGACCGUAACGACUUCGCCAUGGUGGAGUACUUGGGCGAACUGCGCGAGAGCGUGCUGGAAGCGUACACCGGCAUCAUUCAGGGCCUGAAAGGAGCAGGCGGAGAGGUGCGCGCGGACGUGGCGCUGGUGGAGCCGCACGUGAACGCGAUCGUGAACUUCAUGAUGGCGGUGGCGGUGGAGCCGGAGCGCACGGACGCGCACAUGUCGGCGGUGGCGGGGCUGGCGGGCGACCUGUGCGCGGCGUUCGGCGCGCGCGUGCUGCCGGUGCUGGAGCAGCGGCCGCUGCUCGACCUGCUGGCGGCCGCGCGCCGCUCGCGCACGCCGCGCACCAAGACGCUCGCCAACUGGGCCACCAAGGAGAUCCGCAAGCUCAAGCAGCAGGCGCCGCCCGCCAGCUGUUUGUCGACGUCGUAUGCCUACGGUGAAGUCUCCGCGAGUCCAGUGCGCGUAUAGUCGAUUUGAAAAAACGCUAUGUAAAAGCGACGUAACGCAGUUUCAAACCACCUGCUGCUGGUAAACAACUCAAAUGUAUGUCAGGUUAUGUAUAGCGUCUUUGGUGUCAUUAUUCAUAAGUCGUUAGGUGCAUUCGAUUCCGGGCAUUUUUCUUCCGGUAUAAUUUCACUAGACUGCAUACUGUUUUGGGGAAUUAAGUCUUAUAAGCUGAUUGUGUGCGCUCAAUACCUAAUAGUAAGGGAGUGCACUUUAAUGGAGUUAAAAAGGCCAAUUUCUCAGUUUAGCGGUCGCCUUCAAGGAUCCUAAAAGCAAAACUGGUUCCUAAGAUUUUUAAUAUUGUAGCCCUUAUGAUAUGAUCUAUUCGGAAGAUUUACCUUAUCAGCAAUUUUAUUUUAUUUCAAGCAAACAAUACAAGGAGAUAAAAAUAAAUUAGGUAUGUACAAACGCGGUCACGCCCAUGGAAUAGCAGUUUUACCCUGAAUUGCUCACAGGAAAUAAAAGUAAAAUAUUGCGUCUAUCACGUCACCUUUUCAAUCACCUAUCAGAACAGAGUAAGCGUGGUCGGCCCAAGUGAUUGGUCUUAUAUUUGACCACUGGACUGCUUUUUUAACUCCAUUGCUUAAAGCAUUUUUUAACAUUUUAGUAUUAAUACGGAAAUUAUUUCAGCGUCGAUUGUUUUAAUAACGUAGAUUAUAUCAAUGACUUGUAAAAAAAAAGAAACACGAGAAAAGUAGUUUAGAUUUAUUUAUAAGCAAUCAUUUAUUUAUAAAUGGUUACUGGUAGUGACGUUUUUUUAGUUAAACCGUGAUGUUUAAUGCGUAGUCGUUUUUUUUGUUGCGUUUAUUAACACUGCUUUCUCUGUUUCUUAUUUUGAUUAGUUGGUCGGCUAUAUAAAUAGGUGACGAAGUAAGUAUAGGGAAAAGGCAAUGGCAAGCCGGUUCAUGUAAAAUGCCGAUUGUGAUGGGUGAGGGAAGGGAACUACCCUAUGUUUAUUUUUUCCUGUAUUGUAUUUUCUAUCAUCUCGUAACAGUUAUACUUAAGUAGGCUCUAGUGAGUUUUAUACCCCUACAAAGUAUGCAGAUGACAUUAUAUCCGGAUAUAAUUUAUAGUAGUAAAUGAUAUCAAGUCGGUAAAUGAUCGACAAUAUGCCUGCGAACAAUGCACCUGGCGCGGUUUACUAUUCGGAGUAAUUUAAGUACCUACGCCUGACUAUAGUAAUCUUUCCAUAUUAAUCUUUAAAGUUAAAGCAUUUUUCCUAUUUGGUAUUUUAAAUACAGACAGUGGCUGUGGUAUGUUUACUUAUGUGAGAAAAAAGUGAUAGUGAAUUUAAUUUGAAAGCGCGACAGUAUGAUAGAGGACGAAUGUUAUUUUAGGCAUGCACAUGUGCAAGGGAUUAUGAAUUUUAUAAAUUUAUUACUAAUUGUGUUUUGUAACAGUGCGAAAAGACGUAUGAAUGAUCGAGAAUGCAUGUAAAAGGAGACGAAUGGAUGAUUAUCACAGAUGUUUUGUAAACUAAGGCAUGUGUCGAUCUUAAUGGAGAGAUGGAUUAUCGUAUAAGGUUCCAUCAACUUUAAUUGAGACAGGAGGCCGCCAUAUUGGUGAUAGCUACUUGUUCAUCACAGUACUCGUCUACCAAACAACAAUACGAUCAUUGGCUUUAAAUAAAACUUUAAUUUAAACAAAAUGCAUAUUAUGAGUAAUAAAACGAACCAUUGAAACAUUAAGGUUCUCUUUCAUAGGUAGACAAGUAUAUGUGAUGAGUAAGUAGACGCUGCCUUCGGAUCUCGAGCUUACAUUAUUUGUACAUAUGUAAUUAAUAUCGUUUCCUUGCGACAUUGAGUGGCAAUCUAUUGUUGGCCAUGCGACUGAUAACUACUGAACCGAAACUUUAAGAAUAGGAAUAUCAAAUACAAUGAGUUUAAAUUAAAACCAUGGAUAUUAAGUCUGUGAAAUCAGCUCAAUUUGGUACUAAGCUAAAUUAUUUUGUUAUAUCAGCGACGUAACAAAAUCACAUAUUUUAAUUAAAUAUAGGAUAUUAAACUAGUUUGUCGUCGGUGCGUGUCUAUUUUUGAACAAUUUGAAUAACGGUGGUUUGGAAUCGCUAUUUCGAUAAUAAUUUUUCAUCAAACCAUAACCUUUGUUAUUUAGUAAAAUAGCAAAGUAAUCAAUCAUGUUCGUUAAUACGUUGCUGGUUAGAUUUAUGUUAAUUAUAGUUAGGUACCGAAAUUGUUUUUUAACCCUGCCUACUAAACUUGGCAACUCAAUGGCAACCACAGAACCGGAUAAUUUUAAAAGCAGCAACUAACUUAUCAAAUGUCGAUGAAUUUUGGUGCUACUUGUGAAGAGAGGAAAUGAUGAAUGGGCCAAAACUUUUUGAAUUAUACGUUCAAAUAUGCGGUUUUUUAAUAUUAAACGUAUAUCAACAAAUAUAAUUUUUGUUACGGCAAUUCCAGUCAUCUCAUUAUUAAACUCGAAAGUAUUGUCAUGUGUGCGUCAGCUUAUUUUACAGGCUAGUUACUUCCAGGGUAUCUAUCUCGCUUGUUACCUAGAUGAUUGUCCAUAAACUAGGUAGUUUACCAGCUUUUCGUGUUACCUGUUUCUACAUAGUCGAUUCUUGGUUACCUAGUUUUAUGAGUAAUGUAGAGUAAUUAAGCGAUGCUCAUUUUUACUUUUAUGUAGUUCUUCGGUGCAGGUCGCUGAGAAGCACGGGUAUGAUACUGAUAUACCUAAUUAUUUAUUUUAAAGAGUCGUAAUCCUCAAAUGACUGUAAAAAAACACAUCGCAGUUUGAUAUUGUUGCCAUAAACGUCGAUUGACUUAAGUGCCUUUUACUCGUACGAACUCGUGACGCUUCUUGAAACAAAAUAAUUAUACACUCAUUAUCGGUUGUUGAUGUUAAAUUGAAUACCAUCGCAAAUGUGUGCUGCUUAUCAUUUUGUAUGUAUAAUUACCGCACCGUACAGCUAUACCUAUAAAACGUGUACCGAGCUGGAUUGCGCGUUACACAAAUGCGUUACUUUACAAUAGGUAACGGAAAUGGUCAAGUAUGCGGGGCGGGCAGGGCGAGCUGUGGCCGCUCGCCGGACGGACGUGCCCGCGCCCCCAGUGUGGACCGAGCAGGUCGCCAGGUGAAUGCCGAUUGAGUUAAGAGUGUCUGCUAGUCUGUGAGCAUCACUGACAGGGAUGAUGUUUGCGCGAAUUAUGCAAGAUUUUUUUAGUGUGUCUUAUUGAUCUUCAGAAUUUAUUUGUAUUGAUCAAAUAAUGCGCCGUAUUAAAGUUUGUUUUAAUUGAGUAUGAUAGGAGAAUGUGUGAGGACUAGUGCCAUGCCAUGAAAGGUUCUGAAUUAGAAUCGAAGGCAUCGAGUCGAUGAAUACCACCCACUUUUCCUGCGCGAAAAUCGAUUAAAAUUAUUUUGUUACAUCAUUUUAUUUAAUUACUUUCUUUUGACUCUGAAUACUAUUCUGUAAACUGUUCUAUAGUAAAUAAAACAUUUAGAUGUUAACAA